AUGCCGCCUGAGAGAGACGACCACGACGACGACGCUGCUUUACGUGCUGGAAAAGGAGCAACAACCAGCAUGACCGAAACCAAACUACCUGCAGAGGAUAAACUUCUGAGGGUUUUCAUUGGAUUGGGAAACAUAGCUCUUGCAUGCACUUACGCUACUGUUAUUUAUGAUAUAAUGGACACAUUAAAGUCCCAUCCAUCAGAAAAUAAACAAAUGAAAAGGGCUAACGUGCUAGGGGUCACAGCAAUGGCAAUAUUGUUCUUGCUAUGCAGUGGCCUUGGCUAUGCUGCUUUUGGUGAUAACACACCUGGGAACAUCUUGACUGGAUUUACCGAACCCUUCUGGUUGGUUGCACUGGGGAACGGAUUCAUCGUAAUCCACAUGAUUGGAGCAUAUCAGGUGAUGGGUCAACCAUUCUUUCGUAUAGUUGAAAUAGGUACUAACAUCGCCUGGCCAAAUUCAGAUUUCAUUAACAAGGAAUAUCCAUUCAUUGAUGGGUCGAAGAAAACUACGAAAGGAAAAGGGGGGAAGCGAUUUUGGAAGUCCAUUGUGGUUGGCUUUAAGCCUCCCAGGGAAGCCAUCAAAGAAUCUAAUUUUCUCUCCAUCUCCCACCUUCCACCUCAUGUUAUUUUGAAUAACCAUUCCCUAUUGUGA